AUGGCCUCUGCCUUCUCCUUGCGCAGCUACUCAGUCCGCCAUCCCUCCUUCUCCAGCAUGUCUCUGAGAAACAGCAGUGGCAGUGGUGGCCGGAGUCGCUCCAAGGCCCCUGUCUCCUCCCUGUCCUCCGCCAGCACGCUUUCCCUCACCCGCUCCCUCUCUGUGGGCAAUGGGCUCAAUGUCCUGGGCACCCUCUCCUCCCUGAAUGGCAUGGGUGUGGGCGCUAGCGACAGCGAAACAAUGAAAGGCCUGAACGACCAGCUGUCCAACUACCUGGACAAGGUAUGCUCCCUGGAGAGAUCCAACGCUGAGCUAGAGCGCAAGAUCAAACAACUCAUGCUGGAGCGGGCGCCCAAAGGUCACGAUAUCGAGGGCAUGAUGGCUCAGGCUCACGCCAUUGGAGAGAAGGUGAGAAAGAAGACCCUGGAAAAUGCUCGCAUCAUACUGGAGAUUGAUAACGCCAAGCUGGCCGCCGAUGACUUCAGGGUCAAAUGGGAGGCUGAGGCCCCACUGUGCCAGUCUGUAGAGAGGGACUGUCUUGCUCUGAGAAAGGCCAAGUCAGAACUCGUCCAAAUCAUAGCUACUCUCAGAGGAGAUCUGAACAUCCUGAAGGAGGAGCUCUACUUCCUCAAGAAGAAUCAUGAUGAGGUUUGGGGCCGUAUGAACAAUGAGCAGGUGAAUGUGGAGGUGGAUGCGGCCCAGGGCCCAGAUCUUAAGGCCAUAAUGGCUGAGCUGAGGAUCCAGUAUGAGGGCAUUGCUCGUAAGAACAAGAAGGACUCAGAGAUCUGGUACCUGAAGAAGCUGGAGUCAGUGCAGUCGGAGGUAAAGAAGAGCGGUGAUGCGCUGCACUGUGCUCAGAGCGAGCUCAGCGAAAGACGUCGCUUCUUACAGGCCCUGGAGGGGUAA